UGGUGUGUUUAUCAGUGUAGUCAGUGCAGCCGACGUGAUCCGCUGCUGCAGUGCAGUCCAGUCCACGAAUUAGCUAGCCUGAACUCGUAUGGAGAAUAAUAUGAAGGAGUAGUCAAACUGUAGACAUAUGUAUGUGUCCUCGCGGAGGCCGCGCGCUCAGCGACCUAACAGAGGUCACCAUGGAUUAGCCGUAGUCCAGUGGGUUUGUUUCUGACUGACAGCAAGAACUGGUGCCACUGACAUUAGCUAGCAGCUAAAGCAACUUUAGCCUAGGCGUUUUUGAAUCACUGCAGCGACAGGUAUUCUGCAAACUCACGAUAAGUGCUCGUGUGUGUGUCGCUUUAUGUGUCGUCUCUCUGUGGCCGCCAGCUCACUUUCUAUGGCUCUGUUUUCUUAGUUGUCGUUGUUGUUGUUGUUGUUGUUGUGUAGCAUUAGCCCUCAGCUGUUGUUGGCUCCUGCUAGCUAAUGUGUAGUUAUAGUUCAUGCCUCCCAGUGGUGGAAAAAGUAUUCAAAUCUUUCAACGGAAGUAUUUCUCAGUGCUGCAUUACCAGAAAGGACCCCUAUGCAGAAUUCCUUGAGUAGUUUGAGAUCCUUGAGGGAUUCUCAAGGCGUCAUGGCACCCAAAGACAUCAUGACCAACUCCCAUGCCAAAUCCAUCCUCAAUGCAAUGAACGCACUUCGCAAGAGCAACACACUCUGCGACAUCACCCUGAGGGUGGAGAGCACAGAUUUUCCAGCUCACCGAAUUGUCUUGGCUGCCUGCAGUGACUACUUCUGUGCCAUGUUCACUAGUGAGCUUGCAGAGAAGGGGAAAUCUUUCGUCGACAUUCAGGGGCUCACUGCAUCGACUAUGGAAAUCCUGUUGGACUUUGUCUACACAGAGACAGUCCUGGUCACAGUGGAGAAUGUACAAGAGCUUCUCCCAGCAGCAUGUCUGCUGCAGCUGAAAGGGGUGAAAAGAGCAUGUUGUGAUUUUUUGGAGAGUCAGCUUGAUCCCUCCAACUGUCUGGGUAUUCGUGACUUUGCCGAAACUCACAAUUGCCUUGACCUGAUGCAGGCAGCUGAGCUUUUUUCCCAAAAGCAUUUCUCUGAGGUGGUCCAGCACGAGGAGUUCAUGCUUCUCAGCCAGACAGAAGUGGAGAAACUCAUCAAGUGUGAUGAAAUCCAGGUGGACUCCGAGGAGCCCGUAUUUGAAGCAGUGCUAAACUGGGUCAAACACAACAGAAAAGAGCGAGAGCCGUAUCUGCCAGACAUGCUCGAGUUCGUCCGAAUGCCGCUGCUGACCCCGCGCUACAUCACAGAUGUCAUCGAUGCUGAGCCCCUCAUUCGGUGUAGCUUGCCUUGCCGGGACCUCGUUGAUGAGGCCAAGAAAUUCCACUUGAGACCGGAGCUGAGGAGUGAAAUGCAGGGCCCGCGCACACAAGCCAGAUUAGGUGCCAAAGAAGUCCUGUUGGUUAUUGGAGGGUUUGGCAGCCAACAAUCACCAAUAGACGUAGUUGAGAAAUACGAUCCAAAAACGCAAGAAUGGAGCUUCCUCCCUAACAUUGCACGGAAAAGGCGUUACGUUGCCACAGUGUCUCUCCACGACCGGGUCUAUGUGAUCGGGGGGUACGAUGGUCGGUCGAGGCUCAGUUCCGUGGAGUGUCUGGACUACACAGCGGACGAGGACGGUGUUUGGUACACAGUCGCCACAAUGAACGUGCGCCGUGGCCUUGCGGGGGCCACAACACUGGGAGACAUGAUUUAUGUUGCUGGAGGAUUCGAUGGCAGCAGGCGUCAUACCAGCAUGGAACGAUAUGACCCAAACAUUGAUCAGUGGAGCAUGCUGGGAGAUAUGCAGACAGCUAGAGAAGGAGCUGGUCUGGUGGUGGCCAGUGGACUUAUAUACUGUCUAGGUGGAUACGAUGGACUGAAUAUCUUGAAUUCAGUUGAGCGGUAUGACCCACACACUGGCCACUGGACAAGUGUUACACCAAUGGCCACCAAGAGGUCAGGAGCUGGUGUGGCUUUACUCAAUGACCAUAUCUAUGUAGUGGGAGGCUUUGAUGGCGUUUCCCACCUCGAUUCUGUCGAAGUCUACAACAUCAGAACAGACUAUUGGACCACUGUAGCCAGUAUGACCACUCCUCGAUGUUACGUGGGAGCAACCGUUCUCCGAGGACGUCUCUACGCCAUCGCCGGAUACGACGGGAACUCUCUGCUCAGCAGUAUUGAAUGUUAUGACCCGGUCAUCGACUCCUGGGAGGUUGUCACUUCAAUGGCGACGCAGCGGUGCGACGCGGGCGUCUGUGUUCUACGAGAGAAGUGAUCUUUCGCAAAGACCCCACAAGAGGAAAAGCAGACAGGAGGACAUGCAGCUAGACUUUGUUAAAAACGGCCUCUGAACCAGAGCCACAAAGGGAAGAUGUUUUGUUCGCCAGAAUAUGACACGCGUGCAGCAGUUUGGGCCGCCGCCGCCGCCUCUGGACGGUUGUCGUUCCUCCAGUUGGACCGCGUGACAGAGAUUCAGCUUCACUGUGGUCGACUUCACCGGAAAAAGAGGCCCCCGGGAGCCCAUCAUCACCACUUGCAUGACUCUCAUUUGGUGGUACUUGUUGCUGUCUUUACCUGUGAGAUUAUUUUUUUUAGUUUGUUUUCAAAGUGCAAUAUAUUUUUACUCAUGAUAAGAAAACAUCAAACGUUGGAGCACAGUUAAGACUCCAGUUGCUGCUAUAUGCCUUAUGACUUUGGCCUACAUCCAAACGGUGGACAUCCAUGUUGCCUCCCGUCUGACUUUGACACUAGCUACAGUACAUUGUCUUUAUCGAGCGUACUCAUUUGACAUCUGCGAGGUCAUUCAUGGGUCAAUAAUCCAACCACUUUUUUUGUACAGUGCUUUUAGAUUCCAAUCACUUUAUUACAAAGAGUUUAUUUCUUAUUGUCGCACACAGAAUAUACAGUAUAUUUAGAGAUUAAUAUUGUUUUAGAGAAUGACUGAAUUAUACCAGUUGACUUUAUUUUGUCCUUCUGUUGGGCAGAAUUGAAGAAUCACAGAAUGAGAAGCAUGUGAUUUGUUUUUGUUUGUUUCCUCAGCUUAUACAUUUGAGCAUGUUCACUUUUGCCUGGAAAGUGAAUAAAUCCUGAACAGUGAAACGUUUUUCUGCGUGGUUCAUUUGAACACCUGUACACUCUGUGGAUGUCUUUCACAUCCACAGACCAAACCCCCCCCCC